GUGUCCAAAGAAGGGCUUAGCCGUUCAUUUCCUGUAGCUUGUGAAGCGUCAGGUUUGUGUUCCUCCAUCCUGGUAUUUAGCGUCUCCAUCCUGGUCUCUCCGAAGUGCCCGGACUUAAAACAGGAAAUUGAGUAUGAACACAAUUGAGGAUGAGUCUGGCACAGUGACUUUGGAAACAGUAAACUCUGUUACAUUAACUCAAGACACAGACGGGAACAUUAUCCUUCACUGCCCUCAAAAUGCAGAUGCUGAAGAACUGGGAUCGGACGAAUGUUUAGACCCAGCUCACAAGAGACUGCGAUUAUCGACUGAAGAUGACACAUCAAGGAUUUCUGUUGUCACACUCCCAAUUUCAGAAAAUGAUGACAGUUUUGAGGUGACCAUGACUGCCACCACAGAGAUGACAGAAAAUGAAAUCGGUGAAGGGGCUGUUGCACAGAUUCAGAUUAUCCAGAAUGAUGGGUCCUUAUCUCCCAACACCACUGAUGAUGUGUCCCCAGUUAGCCAAGCUUGGUUUACAACAAAGGAAGAUAAAGAUUCCUUAGUGAACAAAGGCCACAAGUGGAAGCAGGGAAUGUGGUCCAAAGAAGAAAUAGACAUCCUUAUGAGCAAUAUUGAUUGUUACUUAAAGAAUCGUGGGAUCCAGGACCCGACAGAGAUUAUCUUUGAAAUGUCUAAGGAUGAGAGAAAGGAUUUCUACAGGAGUAUUGCAUGGGGCCUCAACCGUCCCCUGUUUGCUGUUUACAGAAGGGUCCUCCGCAUGUAUGACAACAGGAACCAUGUUGGAAAGUACACCCCUGAAGAAAUUGACAAGCUAAAAGAACUUAGAGAGAAGCAUGGCAAUGAUUGGGCUACCAUUGGUGCAGCACUGGGAAGAAGUGCAUCCUCUGUGAAGGACAGGUGUAGGCUAAUGAAAGAUACCUGCAAUACAGGGAAAUGGACAGAAGAAGAGGAGCGGAGGCUAGCUGAGGUGGUGCAUGAACUCACGGGUACAGAGCCUGGUCACACAGUCACCCAGGGGGUAUCCUGGGCCUCUGUUGCUGAGCUGGUGGGCACCCGCUCCGAGAAGCAGUGUCGGUCCAAGUGGCUCAACUACCUCAACUGGAAACAGAGUGGUGGCACAGAGUGGACAAAGGAAGACGACAAUAAUCUGAUCAAAAGAAUUGCAGAACUGGGGGUGGAUGAUGAGAAUGAUAUCAACUGGGACAUCAUGGCUGGGGGCUGGAGCAGCGUCCGCUCUCCACAGUGGUUAAGAAGUAAAUGGUGGACCAUCAAAAGACAAGUGACCAACCACAAAGAUCUUGCCUUCUCCGUGCUCCUGAAAGGUCUCCAGGAUCUGAUGGAAAACCAGUUGCCAGAUAAUAAGUUUGGUGUGGGGCCCAGGACUGGCUGCAGCUCCCCCUCUACGGUUCAACAAGUUCAGAUAAGAGUUGCUCGACUGGAAGAGACCAGCAGUGCCUCUCAAAACCCAAUGACAGCUCUGCAGAUACCUGUGCAGAUCACGCAUGUCUCCGCUAAUGAUUCAUCUACUGCUGCCACAGACACAGAUUCAAUAACUCUAAAUUCUGGGACACUACAGACAUUUGAAAUCCUACCCUCAUUCCAUCUGCAGCCUACGGGAACCCCAGGCACCUAUUUCAUCCAAACGGGGUCAAACCAAGGUCUUCCUUUAACACUGUCGACUAGUCCAACAGUUACACUGACAGCAGCAGCAUCACCAUCGUCUCCAGAUCAGAUCAUUGUACAUACACUGUCUCCAGAUAAUUUGCUUAACUCAAGCGACAAUGUUACUGUCCAGAUGUCCCACCCCAGUGUCAUUAUCCGUGCUGUAGCUUCAGACGAUAUUGGUUCCCCUGGAACCCAGACAGAUUUGACCGUGGACCACCCCGACUUGACUGACCCCCAACAAACACUAGAAGUUGAUUCCUUCAGCAGUGACAUCCACCAGGACAAGUUAGAUGAAGAUCAAGACAGCCCCCCUACAGACCUUGGAAAUGGGUCAGAGCUCAGACAUGUCAAUCAAAGAAAAUUUCUAUAUAGCACUACAGCGGAACCAGAGACCUGUCUCGGACAGGAAGAGAAAGUGCAAACAGAGCUGACUGGGACGUACACAGAUGAGGCUCUUGGAUCUCCAACUAUGGAAGAGCAAGUUGGUGAAUCAACAAUAGCAGAAGGAACUGUUCUUAUUGUUCCAUCCACCGAUGGAUUUAUGCAGACAACUGAUCUCGACAAUGACUCUGUCUUACCCUUGACAACACUAACAGAUCCUAUACUAGAACACCAGGGAGAAGUCCUAGACAUUAAUUCAUCACUUGACAGCCCUAAUCCAGAGGACUCGAAGGAUAUCGAAGGAUUUGUUGACUGUCGCUGAGUUAAAUCACUAGUGUAGCUUAAGAUCUGAACUUGCUUACAUUUAGGUGGUUUCAACAGUUCUUGACCAACCUAGUAAUUUAGUGUUAAAAGCUUAGCUUAGCUUUGUUUUUUGUUUACACUGAGAGGUUUAGAAGUACCUUCAUAUCUAUGGUUUUUGUAAUUGGUCAUUGGUCAUUGUAUGUUGAGCAAAAGUCUCAGCCUGAACCCUUUUGGAUCACUUUUGUAAGUUUUAUAAGUGUAGACCACAUUACUGGGAUCAAACACAAAACACUAGAAUAUGGGCAAAAAAAUGCACUAUACGCCAUUUUUUCUCAAAGGUUUCAUAUUUAUUUUUCAAUGGAGUAUACAAAAGAGUACAUAAUAUGAAUCUAGAUGGUACAGUGUUUGCUCAGUAUAUGUAAUUCACUCCAGAUUAUGCAUAUUCAUGUCUCUUUUUCUAAAUUUUAUAUAAUUUAAAAAAACAAAUACCAUGGCUUGGCCCCUUUAAAUAUCCCCAUUGCUUAUUUACAAUUGCUGUUUAGAGAGGGCGUUUGCCAGUUUUCACAGUCACCAUUUCCGCUGCACAGGCUGUCUUUACUGAUGCAGGACAAUUAAAGAUCACGCAACCCUUAGCAGUGACAGUGAAGAUAAAAAAAGCUGAUUUUACAAGCACAACCACCAGUGUAUUUUUGGUAAUCACCACUUCAGGGAUAGGUGUUAUUACAGGUUUGGGUAUAUUUUAAGAAUCAUUUUAAAUUGAAAAAAAAAAAAAAAACUUUCCAGUGUAAAACUUAAAAGCAACAAUUAUCUAAUGAUGAAAGACUUAUAUCUUGUUUCCUCAGACUAUUUCUACAGUGUCUUAUGAAACAGAAGUAAUGCAAUGUCAUUUGUACAGCCAUUCUUCUUGCUGUGUGCUCUUCACCAGAAGAUUUUGGGUCAUGUUGCAUCUAAAAGCUAUUCAGCAGGUUUGAAGCCUGAUUGAGUAACAUGAUGCAGUUAUUAUUGAUAGGAGCUGCUAUGUUCAUUUAUUGCUUUAUCUGACCAGCUCAUGGAGUAAAAAUACCUCAGUGUGCACUUUUUUUUUUAUUUCAGGUGUACUCCUAUGUACAUCUAACUUUUUAUACAUACAGGUUUGCUUUUUAAGCCACAUUACAUCUUUGUCCUUUUGUAAUAUUAAAAAUAGAAGAUGAUAUCCCACGUAGCAAACAAGCUGAUUAUUUCAGUUAGCAUUUUAUUUUUAAACAUACAUACUAAGCUUCUUAAAAAUAUGAAAGUCACAACAGAACAGGGGAAUAAUAGACUAGUAUGUAUUUUUUUUUUUUUCUUCUUUUUGCAUUUUGUCAAAUAGAUUUACUGUUUCAUGUAGAAACAGUAAAUUGAUAACAGGAGCACAUGAAUCAAUGUUUGUUAUUGUUUGUAUGUUACAUUUUUUAAACAGGAUUCUGAUCCAAGUGUUGGAAAUGCUAGAUUAAAUUAACUGUACAUAACAGUGGUAUUUUUUUUUCAUUACUCAAUUUGUUUGAAUGGAUUAUAAAAAUAAUAUAUAUACACAGUAAAAAGCAUAGUCCAAAAGUACUGUGUCCCUGUUGAAUAUUAUGUUUUAUCAGGGAUCCAAAUCUUGCACCAAUCCUGUGACUUGGUUACAGGAUUAUACUGCCAGUCAGCUACAUCCAAAUGCCCAUUUUGAGUCGAGUAGCUCUUUAUUUAUGAGCAAACUAUCUCAUUUUUAUGUCUUUAGUGUUUAUUUAUUAAACGAGACUUUGCAAAACUGAA